AUGAAUUCUUCGGAUUCGCACAACAACCAUACAACAACAACAACACAAUUAACGGACAAGAACACUUUGAAUGAUGACGACGACUCAUCCAAACAACAUUCAUCGAAUCCACUGUAUUUAAAAUUAAAUGUAUCACUCUCUCAAGUGAUGGAUCAAUUAAUUUUUAAUCAUGAAUUUUUAAAACAAUUUCAUCAAUCCCAACAAAAUACUCAUUUAAAAAUAAUUCAAGAAUGGACCAUGAUUCAAAAUGAGUCAAUCUCAUCCAUUCCAUCCUCUUCAUCAUUUACUUUUCAAUCCUCAUUCAUUCCAUCCUCAUUCAUUCCAUCCUCAUCCAUUCCACCCUCAUCCAUUCCAUCCUCAUCCAUUCCAUCAAUCUCUCCAAUCCCAUCAACAACAACAACACCCAUUACCAUUCAUAAUUAUUCACAAUUAAUUUCACAUAUGAAAUUUAUUCAUUCUUCACAACCCAUUACUCUUGAAAGAAUUAUUCAAUAUAAUCAAAAUAUUAUUGGAAAUAGUUACAUUUCAUAUUUAGGAAUACCAUCUCAAUUACCAUGUCAAUCCAAUGAAAAAUUAAUUUUAUAUUUUAACAAGUGUGAAUAUAUUGUAAAUGUUGAUAUUUUAGAAACAUUUUUAAAAGAUACAUCAAAAACAUGUAUUAAAUAUAUCAUUCAAUAUGAUGAUCAGGAUCAAAUGAUGGUCAUUGAUGGAAUGGUUCAAUGUACAUUUGAAUCUAAAUUAAUGUGGGGAUUAAAAAGUAAAAUUGAGAAUUACAUGUCAUCCAUGGCUACAAUGAAAUUAGCAGAAUGGUUUGAAAUGGCACGAAUAGAAUUGAUGAAUCGUUGUUGUUAUGAUGAUACUACUACUACUACUACUACUACUACCACGCGAGAAUUUGAUUCAAGUCGUCGACAUGCUUCUUCCAAUGAUCCUGUCUUUGAAUCUACAGAAGAUGCAGCAGUGAAAUUUAAUUUACCAUCAUCACCCAACAACUCUGAAGAUGAGAGGAGGGCAUUGAGCUUUUCAUCUCCUGUUGAGGAUGAUGAAGAAGACUCGACAACAACAACAACAACAGAUUCGUACUAUUCUACUAAAAGUACAACAAUGGCAUCCUCUUCAUCUCCUACAACAACUACACAAGUACCCACAACAAGCUCACAACUCAUUGAUCAUUCCUAUCAUCUAGUCAAGUUGAAAAAUGAAAUCAUUCAAUUGAAAGCACUCUCGAAUCAACUCGAAUUGAAAAUCAAGAAUUUAGAACAUCAUUUAAUGGCAGAAAAUCAAUUGAACCUUCUCAUUCAAAGAUACUAUUCAAAAAUAUCACAAUUCAUUCAUUCUCAAAAAACUACUCGAUUUAGGUUAAAGAAUCGAUUGAAAUUACUAUCAUUGGUUUGGUUUAUUAUUGGAUUGUUUUUAACUCCACUCCUCUAUGGUUUGUAUCGAUUUUAUCGUUAUAGACUGCUGGUUCGUAAAUGA